AUGGUAUUGCCAAUAGUGAUCGGAUUGGGAGUUUCGGCUGUAGCCCUGACAGUACGAUCUGGCCUGAGAGCUUGGCAAAUCUACAAAAGGCUCACGCCACUAAUGAUUGCAAAGUUGAACGGUGUUCGAGUUUCUCCUACACCCUCGUCCUUCGAGAAGCACAGUUCGAGUCGCUACCGCGACCUGUCUCCGCAGCUGAAGGCGCAAUUACACCAAUACGGCGGCGGCUUCUCGACGAAAAUGACUGAGUCAGAAGCGCUACUUAUCCUAGGUAUUGUCGGACGGGAAAUUGAAUCGCUAGAUGUACCACUACUGAAAAGCAAGCAUCGCAGAGCCAUGGUCCAAAACCAUCCUGAUCGUGGAGGCAGCCCAUUCCUAGCUAUGAAGAUAAAUGAAGCAAGAGACGUAUUGAGUCAUAGUAUUAUGUUGAAAAAAUGA